AUGCGUACGCCCGCUGGCCCCGCCCCCUCGCGCCGCGGUCGGAGCCAUUUCGCCGAUUCCUCCAUGCGAGUUGCUGUGCGUUUCUCUGUUGUCUCGGUAGAAGGCCAGAGUCACACACGGUCCUAACAGCUGGGCACCAGGAAGCGAAGGCUGAUCUGAAGAAGACACUUGAAUCAUGGGUGACGUUAAAAAUUUUCUGUAUGCCUGGUGUGGCAAGAGGAAGAUGACCCCAUCCUAUGAAAUUAGAGCAGUGGGGAACAAAAACAGGCAGAAAUUCAUGUGUGAGGUUCAGGUGGAAGGGUAUAAUUACACUGGCAUGGGAAAUUCCACCAAUAAAAAAGAUGCACAAAGCAAUGCUGCCAGAGACUUUGUUAACUAUUUGGUUCGAAUAAAUGAAAUAAAGAGUGAAGAAGUUCCAGCUUUUGGGGUAGCAUCUCCUCCCCCACUUACUGAUACUCCUGACACUACAGCAAAUGCUGAAGGAGAUUUACCAACAACCAUGGGAGGACCUCUUCCUCCACAUCUGGCUCUCAAAGCAGAAAAUAAUUCUGAGGUAGGGGCCUCUGGCUAUGGUGUUCCUGGGCCCACCUGGGACCGAGGAGCCAACUUGAAGGAUUACUACUCAAGAAAGGAAGAACAAGAAGUGCAAGCGACUCUAGAAUCAGAAGAAGUGGAUUUAAAUGCUGGGCUUCAUGGAAACUGGACCUUGGAAAAUGCUAAAGCUCGUCUAAACCAAUAUUUUCAGAAAGAAAAGAUCCAAGGAGAAUAUAAGUACACCCAAGUGGGUCCUGAUCACAACAGGAGCUUUAUUGCAGAAAUGACCAUUUAUAUCAAGCAGCUGGGCAGAAGGAUUUUUGCACGAGAACAUGGAUCAAAUAAGAAAUUGGCAGCACAGUCCUGUGCCCUGUCACUUGUCAGACAACUGUACCAUCUUGGAGUGGUUGAAGCUUACUCUGGACUUACAAAGAAGAAGGAAGGAGAGACAGUGGAGCCUUACAAAGUAAACCUCUCUCAAGAUUUAGAGCAUCAGCUGCAAAACAUCAUUCAAGAGCUAAAUCUUGAGAUUUUGCCCCCGCCUGAAGAUCCUUCUGUGCCAGUUGCACUCAACAUUGGCAAAUUGGCUCAGUUUGAACCAUCUCAGCGACAAAACCAAGUGGGUGUGGUUCCUUGGUCACCUCCACAAUCCAACUGGAAUCCUUGGACUAGUAGCAACAUUGAUGAGGGGCCUCUGGCUUUUGCUACUCCAGAGCAAAUAAGCAUGGACCUCAAGAAUGAAUUGAUGUACCAGUUGGAACAGGAUCAUGAUUUGCAAGGAAUCUUGCAGGAGAGAGAGUUACUGCCUGUGAAGAAAUUUGAAAGUGAGAUUCUGGAAGCAAUCAGUCAAAAUUCGGUUGUCAUUAUUAGAGGGGCUACUGGAUGUGGGAAAACCACACAGGUUCCCCAGUUCAUUCUAGAUGACUUUAUCCAGAAUGACCGAGCAGCAGAGUGUAACAUUGUAGUAACUCAGCCCAGAAGAAUCAGUGCAGUUUCUGUGGCAGAGCGAGUUGCAUUUGAAAGAGGAGAAGAGCCUGGAAAAAGCUGUGGCUACAGUGUUCGAUUUGAGUCUAUACUUCCUCGUCCUCAUGCCAGUAUAAUGUUUUGUACUGUAGGUGUGCUCCUAAGAAAAUUAGAAGCAGGCAUUCGAGGAAUCAGUCAUGUAAUUGUAGAUGAGAUACAUGAAAGAGAUAUUAAUACUGACUUCCUUUUGGUAGUACUGCGUGAUGUUGUUCAGGCUUAUCCUGAAGUUCGCAUUGUUCUUAUGUCCGCUACUAUUGAUACCAGCAUGUUCUGUGAAUAUUUCUUCAAUUGCCCCAUCAUUGAAGUUUAUGGGAGGACUUACCCAGUUCAAGAAUAUUUUCUGGAAGACUGCAUUCAGAUGACCCACUUUAUUCCUCCACCAAAAGACAAGAAGAAGAAGGAUAAAGAUGAUGAUGGUGGUGAGGAUGAUGAUGCAAAUUGCAACUUGAUCUGUGGUGAUGAAUAUGGUCCAGAAACAAGGUUGAGCAUGUCUCAAUUGAACGAAAAGGAAACUCCUUUUGAACUCAUCGAAGCUCUACUUAAGUACAUUGAAACCCUUAAUGUUCCUGGAGCUGUGUUGGUUUUUUUGCCUGGCUGGAAUCUGAUUUAUACUAUGCAGAAGCAUUUGGAAAUGAAUCCACAUUUUGGAAGCCAUCGGUAUCAGAUUCUACCUCUGCAUUCUCAGAUUCCUCGAGAGGAACAGCGCAAAGUGUUUGAUCCAGUACCAGUUGGAGUAACCAAGGUUAUUUUGUCCACAAAUAUUGCUGAAACAAGCAUUACCAUAAACGAUGUUGUUUAUGUCAUUGACUCCUGCAAGCAGAAAGUGAAACUCUUCACUGCUCACAACAAUAUGACCAACUAUGCUACCGUAUGGGCAUCAAAAACAAACCUUGAGCAACGGAAAGGGCGAGCUGGCCGAGUACGGCCUGGAUUCUGCUUUCACCUGUGCAGCCGAGCUCGUUUUGAGAGACUUGAAACCCACAUGACACCAGAGAUGUUCCGAACACCAUUGCAUGAAAUUGCUCUUAGCAUAAAACUUCUGCGUCUAGGAGGAAUUGGCCAAUUUCUGGCCAAAGCAAUUGAACCUCCCCCUUUGGAUGCUGUGAUUGAAGCAGAACACACUCUUAGAGAGCUUGAUGCAUUAGAUGCCAAUGAUGAGUUGACUCCUUUGGGACGAAUCCUGGCUAAACUCCCCAUUGAGCCUCGUUUUGGCAAAAUGAUGAUAAUGGGGUGUAUUUUCUACGUGGGAGAUGCUAUCUGUACCAUUGCUGCUGCUACCUGCUUUCCAGAGCCUUUCAUCAAUGAAGGAAAGCGGCUGGGCUAUAUCCAUCGAAAUUUUGCUGGAAACAGAUUUUCUGAUCACGUAGCCCUUUUAUCAGUAUUCCAAGCCUGGGAUGAUGCUAGAAUGGGUGGAGAAGAAGCAGAGAUACGUUUUUGUGAGCACAAAAGACUUAAUAUGGCUACACUAAGAAUGACCUGGGAAGCCAAAGUUCAGCUCAAAGAGAUUUUGAUUAAUUCUGGGUUUCCAGAAGAUUGUUUGUUGACACAAGUGUUUACUAACACUGGACCAGAUAAUAAUUUGGAUGUUGUCAUCUCCCUCCUGGCCUUUGGUGUAUACCCCAAUGUAUGCUAUCAUAAGGAAAAGAGGAAGAUUCUCACCACUGAAGGCCGUAAUGCACUUAUCCACAAAUCAUCUGUUAAUUGUCCUUUUAGUAGCCAAGACAUGAAGUACCCAUCUCCCUUCUUUGUGUUUGGUGAAAAGAUUCGAACUCGAGCCAUCUCUGCUAAAGGCAUGACUUUAGUCACCCCCCUGCAGUUGCUUCUCUUUGCCUCCAAGAAAGUCCAAUCUGAUGGGCAGAUUGUGCUUGUAGAUGACUGGAUUAAACUGCAAAUAUCUCAUGAAGCUGCUGCCUGUAUCACCGGUCUCCGGGCAGCCAUGGAGGCUCUGGUUGUUGAAGUAACCAAACAACCUGCUAUCAUCAGCCAGUUGGACCCCGUAAAUGAACGUAUGCUGAACAUGAUCCGUCAAAUCUCUAGACCCUCAGCUGCUGGUAUCAACCUUAUGAUUGGCAGUACACGGUAUGGAGAUGGUCCACGUCCUCCCAAGAUGGCCCGAUAUGACAAUGGAAGUGGAUAUAGAAGGGGAGGUUCUAGUUACAGUGGUGGAGGCUAUGGCGGUGGCUAUAGCAGUGGAGGCUAUGGUAGCGGAGGCUAUGGUAGCGGAGGCUAUGGUAGUGGAGGCUAUGGUGGCAGCGCCAACUCCUUUCGGGCAGGAUAUGGUGCAGGUGUUGGUGGAGGCUAUAGAGGAGUUCCCCGAGGUGGCUUUAGAGGCAACUCUGGAGGAGACUACAGAGGGCCUAGUGGAGGCUACAGAGGAUCUGGGGGAUUCCAGCGAGGAGGUGGUAGGGGGGCCUAUGGAACUGGCUACUUCGGACAGGGAAGAGGAGGUGGCGGCUAUUAAAGCUUGGUUAUGUCAGUUCCUGUGUGUAGACAGUAAGGAAAAAAAGGCAUGCUAUGUGUUACGUGUUUUUUCCAGUAUGUUUAUUUGCCACCAAAAAGUAAAUGCAUUUUCACCCAUUCUGUGGUUCAUUGUAGUUUAAGGAAACCAAGCGUAUAGAUGCAUUAGUGAUUUUGUUUAUAUUCUGUAAAAUAUAACAAUCUCUUAAAAAUACCACAGUUUGUAUUUUUUCUUUAAGGAGUAAAGAUUUGCCUUUAAAUAACCUGGUAUUUUCCUGGCUUUCGUUUAAUACAAUAGAAAAUAAAGUAUUACACCGAAUACUUGCCAUGUAGUUUGUUUGUUGACCUUGUAUAUUAGAAAAUUUUACAAUGCCAGUUACAUCUGUUCAUUUUAAAUGUCAGAGAAGUUGUACCCUGCUUCAAAAGUAUACUAAGUGAUACUACUUGUAAUAGAAUAAAUCACCUUGAAAUUGAAUUGUUA